AACCGCAACUCUGGACUCUGGGGGAACUGUCAAACUCAAACGUAUUCACUACCUUUUAGAAGUACGCAUGGUCGGUGUGUUUGUUGUUUUGUCCAAUAACUAAAAAUGAACGCACCACCGUCAUUCGAAUCCUUUCUUUUGUUUGAAGGAGAGAAAAAAAUCAUCGUUGAACAGGACACUAAAGUUCCCAACGCAGCAAUCUUCACCGUAAACAAGGAAGAUCAUACUCUGGGAAACAUGAUUCGAUGCCAGCUUCUGAAAGAUCCCAAUGUGCUAUUUGCUGGAUACAAACAACCACAUCCAUUGGAGCAUAAAUUCAUUCUACGUAUUCAGAGUACACCUGCCUAUUCUCCUCAGGAUGCAUUGAUGAAUGCCAUCACAGAUUUGAUUUCAGAGCUGUCACUUCUUGAAGAACGAUUCCGCGAUGCCGUACGAGAAAAGCGAGAAGGCUUAGAAUAGAGACUAAUAAUCAAACAAACAAACACAUGGAAGCUUUUUUUUUAAAUACAUGAUUUGCAUUAA